CGCGUUUUAAAAUCCGGCCGUACCUUUGCGCAGUAUGCAUGUUCUGCCCGUAGUCACGUGGGUUUUGUCCGUUUAUACCAAUUUCCUUCCAUAUCUCCAAAACAUGCAUGAUUACUGUCAUCUUGCAACUUCUCGCGAGACUUUUGGCCACACUGGACAUCACAAAUAUAUUUGCCGUCGCUAACGAGGCUAACGAUGUGCUACCGAGAGACAUGCAUACUCACAGGGUGUGAAUGAAAGCAAGAACAGGCGAGUUGAGGAAUGGAGUGUCGAGAUAUCAAGGACCAGAGUCCUUUGGUCCAGGCAAUUUUCAGCCAAAAUACUGAAGAAGUGACAUUUUUGUUAAGCCAUAAAGAAGAUGUCAAUUCAUUGGACCAUGAACAAAGCACACCACUUCAUGCUGCUGCUUACCUUGGUGAUGUUCAUAUUAUGGAACUACUUAUCACUGCAGGUGGCAAUGUCAACGCUAAGGACCACGGUUUGCUGACUCCUUUACAUCGAGCAGCUGCCUCCAGAAAUGAAAGGGCUGUGGAGCUGCUCCUAAAUCAUGGUGCAGAGAUCAACACACGGGAUAAAUUCUGGCACACGCCGCUGCACAUGGCUGCGGCAAACUGGUCUACAGGCUGUGCCGAAUCCCUGAUACCGCUUGUGCGCAGCCUGGAUGUUUAUGACCGCUCAGGAAGGACACCUUUGCAUCACGCAGCACACAGUGGACAUGGAGAAAUGGUGAACCUGCUUCUCAGGAAUGGUGCCAAGACGAGUAGCAAAGAUAAAAAGGAAAGGCAGCCUAUCCACUGGGCUGCAUAUCUUGGACAUUUGGACAUUGUGAAGAUGCUGGUAUCUCAAAGUGCCGACGUGACAUGCAAAGACAAACAUGGCUACACACCGCUUCAUGCUGCAGCAAUUAGUGGACAUUUAGAUGUGGUCAAAUAUCUACUAGUACUAGGAGUGGAGACUGAUGAACAAAACGGAUUUGGAAACACAGCGCUGCACAUGGCCUGCCAAACUGGCCAGGACUCUGUGGCUUCUGAGCUGGUCAACUGCGGCGCUAACAUCAACAAGCCCAACGACCAUGGCAACGCUCCACUGCACCUGGCCGCUGCCUCGUCCAACGGUGUACUUUGUGUUGAGCUGCUCAUAAACAAUGGGGCUGAUGUCAACAUGCAGAGCAAAGAAGGAAAGACCCCUUUGCAUAUGACUGCUAUGCAUGGCCGUUUCACAGGUUCCCAGAUUCUUAUCCAAAAUGGUGGUGAAGUUGACUGUGUUGACAUAUAUGGCAACACUCCUCUCCAUGUCGCUGCCCGAUAUGGUCAGGAGUUGUUGAUCAGCACUCUGCUGACAAAUGGUGCUGACAAAGCCAGACCGGGGAUUCAUGGGAUGCUUCCAUUGCACCUGGCAGCACUGUAUGGGUUUUCUGACUGCUGUCGCAAGUUGCUCACGAAUGGCCAGUAUUAUAACAUUGCUUGCUCGCCAACAAGUUCCCAGAUGCCAUCGUUUGGGUUUGAUAUAAACACACGGGAUGACCUUGGAAGGACUUGUAUGCAUGCAGCUGCAUUUGCAGGAAAUAUUGACUGUCUUAACAUGUUGAUAAAUAGUGGAGCUGACCUUGAUGCAAAGGAUCAUUUGGGAAGAUCUCCUUUGCACUACGCUGCAGCCAACGGUAACAGCCAGUGCACAGUCACACUGGUGAAAGGUGGCUCGGAGAUCAAUGAGUUAGACCUGAUGGGCUGCAGCCCUCUCCACUAUGCCGCUGCCUCACACACUUUCUUCGGAGUGGAGACGAGGUCUGACUGCAGUGUGGAAAAGGAACAAGAAGCCUCACUGUGUUUGGAAUAUUUGCUGGAUAGUGGAGGAAACCCGACUGUAAAGAACACUAAAGGUUACAGCGCUGUCCACUAUGCAGCAGCUUAUGGCAACAAACAGCAUCUGGAAAUGCUCUUGGAGAUCUCUUUCAACUGUCUGGAAGAGGCUGAAAGUAAUAUCCCUGUUAGCCCACUGCACUUAGCUGCGUACUAUGGUCACUGUGAGGCCCUGGGCCUGCUGUGCGAGACAUUAGUGAGUCUGGAUGUGCGAGACACUGAGGGGCAAACUGCCCUACACCUGGCUGCUCAGAGAGGCUUUACCUCGUGUGUCGAGGUCCUCCUAGAACAUCGCGCUUCUUGCACAUUGAAGGAGCGUCAGCAUAAGAGAACGGCUCUCCAUGUUGCAGCUGGAGAGGGCCAUGUGGACUGUCUACUUUUGUUGGUGAAUAAUGAACACAGUGCUGACAUUAUUGACAGCCAAGACACACAAGGACAAACUGCUCUCAUGCUGGCAGCUCUCGGUUGUCACACUGAUUGUGUCCACAUCCUGUUGGAGAAAGGAGCGAAUCCAGAUGCCGGAGACAUUAAGGGCUUCACUGCAUUACACCGAGCUACAAUACUGGGCAGCAAUGACAGUGUGUCAGCUUUAUUGGAACACGGUGCUUCUGCUCUGGGUCGAGACUUUCAGGGAAGGACGGCGCUGCAUCUUGCUGCCUCCUGUGGCCACACACAGUUACUGCACACUUUACUAAAAGCUGCGGUGAAAGCAGACCCUCUGGACUCUAUGUUGGAUUACAGAGGCUACACGCCCACUCACUGGGCUGCCUACCAUGGUCAUGAAGGAUGCUUACAUAUUUUGCUUCAAAACAAGAUUUUUGGCAAGCAGGGAGGAAAUUCCUUCACCCCAUUGCACUGUGCUUUAAUCAAAGGACAUGAUGUUGCUGCUGGACUUCUUAUAAACGCAGUUGGUUCUGAAAUAGUUAAAAUUAGUGAUGCCAAAGGAAGGACCGCGCUGCAUGCAGCUGCCUACUCUGGAAAUGUUUUAGGGCUCCAGCUGCUCCUGUCCCAGGGGGCAGAUCUCAAUGCUGCCGACUCUAGUGGGUGCUCCGCUCUGAUGAUUGCUGCUGAUUGUGGCCAUUCCAUGGCUGUUGAAUUCUUGCUGCUCAAGGUGAAGCCAGACCUGACCCUGGUGGAUGUCAAUAAUAAUACAGCCCUUCACUUAGCGUGCAUUAAGGGUCACGAGAUGUGCGCCCUGUUGCUUCUCAGAGAAAUCAGUGACCACUCCCUCAUAAAUGCAACAAAUUGUGCACUCCAAAUGCCCCUUCACAUUGCAGCGAGGAAAGGUCUGGCAACUGUCGUGCAGGUGUUGCUCAGCAGAGGAGCAGCAGUCAUGGCUGUUGAUGGCGAAGAUAAAACCACCACUUAUUCCAGCUGUGUUUUUUGCGACCGUGCAGGCCACACCCCAGCCUUGGCCUGUGCCCCCAACAAGAAAGUGGCUGACUGCCUGGCCCUGAUCCUCUCCACCAUGAAACCAUUUCCUCUACGAGAGUCCAACAUCAUCAGCACAGCCUCAUGCUUCAACCCGACCCUGAAUAACUGUGGCAUCGCUGCCACUUGUGGGUCCAGUGGAAGUUUGCGUCACUCCUACGUCAAGGGCCGUUCAAGCUCCAUCACCGUGCAUCAGUGUCUCACUGAGUGAACGUUUGUACUAUUAUUUCCUCUGAUGUAUCAUGACAUCCAGUCUAUACUUCAGAAACAUUUACUCCCAGGGUCUCUAAAGCAGGGGUCUCAAAUUGGCAGCCCGUGGGCCAUUUGCGGCCUAUCCAUCCAUCUUUUAUCGCUUACCGUUGUGAUGGCAGUAGUUUUAGCAGGGAUGGCCAACUUCCCUAUCCCCAGCCACGUCAUCCAUCUCUUCUGGGGGAUUCCCGAGGCGUUCCCAAGCCAGCCGAGAGACGUAGUCCCGCCACAUGUCCUGGGUUGUCCCCAGGGUCUCCUUCUGGUGGGUUGUAACUGGAACACCUCACCAGGGAGGUGUCCGGGAGGCAUCUGAAUCAGAUGCCCCAGCCACCUCAUCUGGCUCCUCUCAAUGCAGAGGAGCAGCGGCUAAACACUGAGGGCCCCUCUGAUUGACUGAGUUUCUCACCCCUAUCUUUGUAUGAAGGUUUAACGGCAGUGCAGCCCUCAGGUUUGAUAUAAAUGGCACUUUUACAGUGUUGUGUACGGAGAUGAUAAACCUACCAAUCACAUUGGGGUAUAUGGCUUUUGGGGGCGUACAUCGAUGGCUUGAUGCAAGCAGAGAGACAUUUUGCGAUGAGUGAAAGUUAAAGCAGCGUUGCCAUGGAGCGUUUUAUAAGUAGUUUUGCACACAGCGUUUACACUAGCAUCCUUGUUUAUCUUAAAAAAGACGUUUGAGAAGAUUUUUUUUUUUUUUUUUUUUUUUUUUUUAACAUUUCUAACGUGCAUGAUCGGGCCAGCCUCAUCCAGACUUUCCACCAGUGGUCCAAGGUAAAUUGACUUUGAGACCCCUGCUCUAAGGUCUUACACACAGUGGAGUCACUUUUUAACAGACUAAGAGGGUUGAGGGGUCGUCAGUUAAAGCAGAUUGUCCAUUAAAUUGAAGCAUGUUACUCCAUGACCUAACAACAACAAAACACUGUCCAGUACAAAAUUUUGUACUUUUUGUCAAGGCCUAAAAACACCCAAUCCAGCGCAGAAUUUAGUACUUUUUCUGUGGCCUAAAAACAUCCAGUACAGUACCAAAAAUAAAUAUUUCAGAAGAGAUUCUGAUUUUAUUCAAACCUCUCUAGUGCUUGGGUUAGGGUAAUAGUGCACUUCUAGAAAGUCAUAGUGGCAAAUAGAGGCUUGCUUUCAUGAUGAGGUUAUUACGCUUACUUUUUUCCACCUCUGGUAGGACAACAAAAACAACUGUAUACAGUUAGUCAGUUUAGCAUUUUCAAGAAACGUGUACACGUAUUAAAUAAUGAGUACUCUCUCUAGUAAACAAUGUGAAUAGAUGGAUAUGACAUUCCCGUUUUCAGCAGCAUCCCUAUCGCAAUGGCAACGCUAAGCUAAUGUCCAUGCAUUGCCUAUGACUGUAAUGUCACCCCUUCCAACAUGGACCCACGUAGGAAAGUUUGUUAGCCAGACCUGAUCUUCAUAUCUGUGGCAAACAGUUGCACAACUGAGAAAUAUAGGUACCAGUCUCUGCCUCUUGAUUGGACAACACCGGCGAAUUCUGGAGCUAACAGCCUUUGUCAGCUAAUGUAUGAAGGGGCGUAUUGAGUUUUGACUGGACUAUUUUCUGUCCGUUAAAUAUAAAGUCAGUUAAGACAAGGUCUGCUAAAUUCAGGGUCAACUGUACUAAUAUUAAACCUCAGCACAUGCUAUAUGUUUAAGUUAAAUGAAGUACCAACUAACACACCACAUAACCCAUCCUUGUGAGGCAUGGAUGCAGAUCUUUUCUUUUUUUUUAUGUAACUCUUCACAUAGUUUAAAACCCUAUUUAUCUGUCUUCUGCUGCUAUAAACCAAAUUGCUUAAUUGUGGUUAAAAAUAACGUGUGUGUGUGUGUGUGUGUGUGUGUGUGUGUACAUGAUCGAAGUAUUUGUUUUUAUUUUUUAACUAUCAUGUAAUGAUGAGUUGAGUCCUUUAUGUAAUUAAGGUGUAGCAAAGACUACAUAGACUAAGCAGUGUGUGUUAGUAUGAUAUCAGUAUCUGCAUAGCUAUAUUUCAGAAUGCAUAUAUUUUUCCCAUCUUGAAUGAAGGAGUAAGCCAUGUACAUGUCUGCUGUGGUGCAACGUAAAGCACAUUUUGCGUAGGGGAUAGCAGUUUAUCUAAGUAUAUAGUAUUACAAGAAAUAAGUAAGAGAAUAGAAGAAAUUAGGUCACAGAUAAAAUAUUAAAUGUAUGUUUCUAUGCACAAGGACCUUGCAAAAUAUUUCACUGACAUCUACAAUAGCAAAUGUAUCAAAUAUGCUCUGUCUAUGAGCAGUUUAAUUCAUGAACGAACCAUCUGUGUUCGCAACAUAUUAUUGAGAAAAGUUCAAAUAUCUCAUAUCCAGCGCGAGUGACAAGGCUGAACCUCCAAAAGGAAAUUUUACUUAUUUCCAAAUGACUAUAAACUGCACACUUUCAUAACAUUCAGCAAAAAUGUUAUUUUGCUAGUAAAUGUGCACACAGCACCCACAUAAGCAGGAAGUCACUUCAAUGUUACAUUCAUUUAUUAAUCGGGUUGUUGACUUGUGACUUUAUUUUUCUUAAUUCUCUGCAAGUGAUGUUAAAAUGGCUUCAAUGUAUUUGCACUCUAACAUGGAUGUUUACAUUUUACCGUAUCCUGCAAAUAUUAUUCUUGUUUACUUUUCAGACAAAAUCCUAUGCAGUUUAUAAAAUGUCACUCUUUUAAUUGGACUUUAAGCAAAACCAAAAAAAGUGUUGGAUAUUUGUGAAUAACUGUCUUCCUUACAAACGGGUUUUUGACAUUUCAGGAUCUAUCCCUUUCAGUACUCCACAGUACAUAAACUGAUACAGUACUGUAGAUUUAUCUCAGACAAAUAAAGACUACUUUGCGAUGACCCUGAUUUCCAUUUCUGUUUUUAACCAAAUAAUUACAUGCUUGAAUGUCUGUAUGAAU